GUACUUUUUCUAAAGAUAAUAAAAAUUUUUCUCGCACGUGUGUUUUGCUUGCAUCCUAUUUAAAAGUAUUUGAGUCUACACGCAACCUAAACUAUUCAAAGUAUUAUUAAUAAUAAUAAAAGACACAUUUAAUGGUUUAUAGGUUUGUUUGGCUGUAACCGCGAAAGUUUAGGAGCAGACGACAGGGGGUUACGUUUAGUUAUGUUGGUAGUUAAAUUGCUUUUAAGUCAUCAUUAAAUUUUUUUACCAUGUUAUUUACAUAUACAAAGUGUGUAAGAAGUUUUUACAAGUACUAUAAUGCUAAUAUUAAUUUUAUAUGGGUACGCUUCAGAUCGUCUAGCAGUUCCUAUCAGGCAUAUGAUUUGCUUGUCAUUGGUGGUGGCUCAGGUGGGCUAGCUUGUGCCAAGCAAGCUGGCAUUUUAGGAAAGAAAGUAGCUGUCUUAGAUUAUGUUGAUCCUUCUGUUAGAGGGACUACCUGGGGUCUUGGUGGAACAUGUGUUAAUGUUGGUUGUAUUCCAAAGAAGCUUUUUCAUCAGGGAGCCUUGUUAGGAAAAUCACUUGAAAAUGCAAGGAAGUAUGGAUGGAAUUUUAAUGAGAAUGUCACCCAUGAUUGGAAUACAUUAAGAACUGCUAUUACGGGUUACAUAAAGUCUUUGAACUGGAAUCACAGAGUUCAGUUGAAGCAGAAGAAUGUUGAUUAUUUUAAUGCCAAAGGAACUUUUAUUGAUUCACAUGAAGUAGAAAUUUCGCACAAAUCUGGAAAGAAAGAAAAAUUAAUAGCGAAAAACUUUGUGAUUGCUGUAGGAGGAAGACCUAAAUAUCCGGAAAUACCUGGUGCUGUACAAUAUGGUAUUAGUAGUGAUGAUAUAUUCAGCUUAGAAAAGCCUCCUGGUAAAACAUUAGUUAUUGGUGGAAGUUAUGUUGCUUUGGAAUGUGCUGGAUUUCUAACAGGAUUAGGAUUUGAUACUACAGUGAUGGUUCGAUCCAUAUGCUUAAGAGGUUUUGAUCAACAAAUGGCUUCUUUAGUUGUUGACCAUAUGAAAUCUGAUGGUACAAAAUUCCUUCAUGAGUGUACACCUGUCAGUGUGGAAAGAGAUCAAAAAUCGAAUACCUUGCAAGUCACCUGGAAAGAAAAAGAUGGCCAGUGUUCUAAAGACAUCUUUGACACAGUUUUGUUUGCUAUUGGACGGCAGGCUCAGACUAAAUCUCUUGGCUUAGAAAAAAUUGGUGUUAAAGUUGAUCCAGAUUCACAUAAGAUUGUGACAACAAAGGAACAAACAUCUGUACCACACAUUUACGCUAUUGGUGAUGUGAUAUUUGGCAAACCAGAAUUAACUCCUGUAGCCAUCAAAGCUGGAAAAUACCUUGCACAAAGAUUAUUUCAUUAUUCCUCACAAAUGAUGGAUUAUGAAAAUGUAAGGCUACUCAGUUUUUUUCCCCACUAAAUAUUGUGUGUAGGAUUAUCGAAGAAGGCGAUAAAAUCUGUGAAUUGGAUGGAAAUAUAUCAUGCUUUCUAUAAACCUUUAGAAUAUACAAUAACAGAGCAAGAUACCAGCAAAUGCUAUAUUAAGGCUGUAUGUACCAGGUAUUCUAAACAGAAAAUUAUUGGAUUACACUUUUUGGGCCCAAAUGCUGGUGAAAUUAUUCAAGGAUUCAGUGCAGCAAUAAAAUGUGGUCUCACGAUGCGUACGCUGCAAGAUACCAUUGGUAUUCAUCCCACUUGUGCUGAAGAAGUUGUGAAAUUGUAUAUUACUAAAAGAUCUGGACUUGAUCCUACAGUCACUGGGUGCUGAGGUUAAGCUAUCUUCAUUUCAAUGAAUUCCCAUUUUAUUAUAUGUCUGUUCAAAAUUUUUAAAUGUGUUUUGCUUGUUAUACGUAAACAGAUAGUUAGUUCUAAAUGGGGAAUACAUGAAAUGAGGAUUUAUGUUUUUUCGUAUAAAAGGUAUUUGAGAUAAAUGAUGCUGUGUUCUGAAACUUUAAAAGUGGAACAUGGCUGAUGCUUUCUCAAAGAUAGUACUUUGUUAUAACCAUAUGAGCAUUAUAUAUGUCAUUUCAUCCAUAUUACUUGUGAUAAUUAUUAGCUGUUAUAGAAAAUACUAAAAAUUUGUGCAAGAAGUUUAUAUUUGUUAAAAUAUAGAUUUCAUAAA